UGUUAUAUCUGUAGCGAUGGUGUAUAAUCUUUGGUGUCACGUCGAGGAUCGGUCAGCUCCGAAUUACGCGACAGGCAUCGUAAGAAUUAUGGAGAAAAGUGAGCCGCUAUGGUCGAAAAUCGCCUGCCGAACACUGGUUAACAUCUUGACCCAUCCCUUUGACUACGCGAAAGUUUUAAUUCAAAUCGGGUACGAGCCUCUGGAACCUCGACAAACGACUACUCUGUUUGGCAGACCAGCCCUUGGUUUGCCCAAUAUUUUUCAGUAUGUAAAAUACAUAAAAAAUAUCGAUGGCCUGUCAGGCUGUUAUCGAGGCUUGGCACCAAAACUUUGUGGACUGACAAUAUAUGCCAUUGUUUUUGACAAAAGUCUCAAACACAUUGAGUUCACUGAGGAAGACCGAGAUCCUCAGGAAAAUGAUACACCAGUUGAUGAUUUACCGGAUGAACUGAGAGACAAAAAAUAUGUUGAAGACUUCUUUAAAAACUUAAUUGCAAGGACAGUUGGAAUUAUUAUAAGUCAUCCUUUUGAUGUGAUUUCAGUAAGAAUGAUGGCUCAGUUUGUUGGAGGAGAAACAAAGUAUAUCACAAUUGUGGGAUCUGUUGGAACAAUUUACAAAGAAAAUGGUAUUUCUGGUUUCUUUGCUGGGCUACUUCCAAGACUUUUAGCUCAUGUUGCAACCUUAGCAGUAGUCAGUACUUCUACGUAUUUAAUCAAUAAAUAUAUUAUUAAGGAUAGAGAUAUGAGAAAUUUCACGUCAGCUACCAUGACUUUCCUUGCAUCUACAGUCACUUAUCCAUUUUUGGUUGUCUCUCAGUGUAUGAUUGUAAACAACUGUGGAUUGGCGGCAGGCGAACCCCCCAUGAUGCCAAUUUAUGUAGACUGGUUGGACUGCUGGCACCAUUUGUCCAGAACAAGGCAACUCAAACGUGGAAGCUCCUUGUUGUGGCGAUAUUAUACCGGUCCUCAAACGAUUAUUGGUGGCCGGAUGUAUGCUGAUAAAACUAGUUUAUUCAGAAAAAUCAAUUAAGAAGAAAUAUUACCAAGUUCACUGCCGGUGUGUAUAUUUUCGAGUUGAAAAAUAAUUUAUAUUGUUAUACCACCAAAUAGACCAAAAUGCAUUUAAACGCAUUGGAAAAUUCAACAGUACAUAAUUACUAAGUAAUGGUAGAUUGUGUUCUUGUUUCUAUGAAUUCAUAUUGUUGUGUAUAUAUUGUGUAUUUGAAUGGUUUGAAUAAGACAUUAAAAAAAAUUAUUGUUUUAACGUGAAAUUUUUUUAAAAUAAACGUUCAAAAUAGCUAAAACAUUUAAUUUGAACUGUUUAAAAACGAUAAUGAAAAAUAUCUGACA